UUUCCUGCGCUAGCGUUACACGGAGAGGGAGGAAAAAAAGAGGUAGGCUGCAGGAAACCGAGAGGAGCAACAGCGAGAGGGCAGCUUGGAAGCUGCAGGAACGAAAACCACAGCCCAGACCUACAACAAUCCAUAUUUUUAUGCAAGUCUCCGUCCGUGUAAAAGAGAAGUGUCCCAAAUGAACGGUGGGCAGGCUGGAAUCGCUCCCUCUUCUUGCGACCCGAGGAAGAAGAGUACUUUAGAAGCCGAGCGGUGUUAAGGAGUACAGCUUUGGUUUAUUUUCCUUUAACGGGCGGUGGAAGAGGACUGGGUGGUGUUUUUGCUGCAUGGUAAUAUUUUCUGUUGCGUGUUUACCCUCUACACUUACACAAACAGUUCUUCUUUUGAGAGGAGAGGAAUCGUGAGCCUAAUUACCAAAUGUGUGUUUUCAUCACGAAACCAAAACGGACAGUAAACAAAAGCAAGACCAUUUACUCUCCCAGGACCGUUUUGGAAAGGCUGUUUUGCAUCCGAUUUGUAUGUGUGUGACAGAGUCAAACGGGACUGCUAUUUUUCCGUUAUAUGCAAGGGAGGAAUCAUACAUAUUCACUGGGUGUCGCAAGAGCGAAGGGAAAAAGCCCCUGCAUUCAAUUUUUUUGUCUUCUGUGGAGGAAACUAACACUAGAAUAUUCAGCGUGAUUUACUACUCAUUGGAUUGGUUGAGAUUGAGGAUUGUUGUAUCAACAACAUUUUAAUUCUACAUACAUAGGCGGACGAUUACAUCACCAUCAUGGUGGUUUUUAAUGGGGUAUUGAAAAUAAAGAUUUGCGAAGCGUUGGACCUGAAGCCCACUGCUUGGUCUCUGAGGCACGCGGUUGGACCCAAGACCCAAACCUUCCUGUUGGACACCUACAUCGCUCUGAACGUGGACGACUCUCGCGUGGGCCAGACCUCCACAAAGCAGAAAACCAACAGCCCUGCUUGGAACGAUGAGUUUGUCACAGAGGUGCACGACGGAAGGAAAAUCGAACUGUCGGUGUUUCAUGACGCCCCGAUUGGAUACGAUGAUUUCGUGGCCAACUGCAUCAUUCAGUUUGAGGACCUUCUGCAGAAUGGCAGCAGACACUUCGAGGACUGGAUCGACCUCGAGCCGGAGGGGAAGGUGUACGUCAUCAUUGAUCUGUCGGGGUCAUCCAGUGAAGCCGCGGCGUCCAGCGAGAAUGAGGAGCGCGUGUUCCGGGAGCGCAUGCGCCCGCGGAAGAGGCAGGGCGCCGUCCGCAGGCGGGUGCACCAGGUCAACGGGCACAAGUUCAUGGCCACGUACCUGCGGCAGCCCACCUACUGCUCCCACUGUCGCGACUUCAUCUGGGGCGUGAUAGGAAAACAGGGGUACCAAUGUCAAGUGUGCACCUGUGUGGUCCACAAACGAUGCCAUGAACUCAUAAUCACAAAAUGUGCAGGUUUGAAGAAACAGGAGGACACUCCAGAAGAGGUGGGAUCUCAACGCUUCAGUGUCAACAUGCCACAUAAGUUCAGUAUUCAUAGCUACAAAGUCCCCACUUUUUGUGACCACUGUGGCUCCCUGCUAUGGGGCCUUCUCAGGCAAGGACUGCAGUGCAAAGUUUGCAAGAUGAAUGUACACAGACGCUGCGAGAGCAACGUAGCCCCGAACUGCGGGGUGGACGCCCGGGGAAUCGCCAAAGUGCUGUCCGACCUGGGGGUCACCCCUGACAAGAUCUCCAGCACCGCCCAGAGGAGAAAAAAGUUAAAUCAAGGGCAGGAACCCCAACAGCCCAUCCCGGGCACACCACAAACUGAGGAGGACCGAUCCAAAUCUGCACCCACAUCCCCCUGUGACCAAGAUAUUAAAGAACUUGAAAACAUCCGGAAGGCUCUGUCGUUCGACCACCGCGGGGAGGAGCACAAGUCGGCCUCCUCCUCGUCCUCGUCGGGGUGCGGGGGCCCAGGGCCUGGGAGCGACAGCCGGGAGAACGGAGAGGUCAAGACCUUCCAGACCAAGAGGAUGAACCUGGACGACUUUGUCUUCAUCAAAGUUCUGGGGAAGGGCAGCUUCGGAAAGGUGAUGCUGGCAGAAUUGAAAGGUACAGACGAGGUGUACGCUGUGAAGGUUCUCAAGAAGGACGUGAUCCUCCAGGACGACGACGUGGACUGCACCCUCACAGAGAAGAGGAUCCUGGCCCUGGCGAGGAAACACCCCUACCUGACACAGCUCUUCUGCUGCUUCCAGACCAAGGACCGGCUCUUUUUCGUGAUGGAGUACGUGAACGGGGGAGACCUCAUGUUCCAGAUCCAGCGCUCCCGCAAGUUCGACGAGGCCCGCUCCCGCUUCUACGCGGCUGAGGUCACCUCUGCCCUCAUGUUCCUGCACCAGCACGGAGUCAUUUACAGGGACCUGAAGUUGGACAACAUCCUGCUGGAUGCCGAGGGCCACUGCAAGCUGGCUGACUUCGGCAUGUGCAAGGAGGGCAUCCUGAACGGGGUGACAACCACCACCUUCUGCGGGACCCCCGACUACAUCGCCCCGGAGAUCCUGCAAGAGCUGGAGUACGGCCCCUCGGUGGACUGGUGGGCCCUGGGGGUCCUGAUGUAUGAGAUGAUGGCGGGGCAGCCGCCCUUCGAGGCGGACAACGAGGACGACCUGUUUGAAUCCAUCCUGCACGACGAUGUGCUGUACCCCGUGUGGCUCAGCAAGGAGGCGGUCGGCAUCCUCAAAGCGUUCAUGACGAAGAGCCCCAACAAGCGUCUGGGCUGCGUUGUGGCGCAGGGCGGGGAGGAGGCCAUCAAAGCCCACCCCUUCUUCAAGGAGAUCGACUGGGUCAUGCUGGAGCAGAGGAAGAUCAAGCCCCCGUUUAAACCCCGCAUCAAAACCAAAAGGGAUGUCAACAACUUCGACCAGGACUUCACACGAGAAGAACCAGUGCUAACACCAGUGGAAGAUGCCAUCAUCAAACAGAUCAACCAAGAAGAGUUCAGGGGCUUCUCCUACUUUGGGGAGGAGACGCUGUCCUAAACCACUAUCUCCUUUUCCAUUCCCUUCCUCCUGCCCACCCCCUCACACACACUCAUACACACACACACCCUUGCAUCCAAUUCCUCUGACCCAAGCCCUAGAGUCAAAACUGCCUCCCUCCAGAGCCAACUCCAGAACCCACUUUCUGACUCAUCGCCAUGACUACAGUUCUCACCUCUCUCCUCUCUCCUACAUCAUUGUCCUCCAUUCCUCUCCUGUGUCCAGUCUUCUUUUUUCUAAAUAUGUGUAUUAUUGUUGUGUAAAGGAACAGAAAAAGACAGAAGUGUUUUACCAUCACUCUGCUCAUUCUCUCUGUCUCAGUAUCUCUGACUUGUGUCUGACUGUUAUGCAGAACACAUGUCACAGAGGAGUGGCUGUAGAGGAAGUCCCUUCUACCCUAGGUCCAGUAACGGCCACUAACCAUAGGCCACCUCUAUGCUAGCAGCCUGCUGUUCGUGGCCCAUCCGCUGUAAUACUGGAUGCAGAUUUAAGGUUGGACUUUGUAAAAGAAGGAAAAGGGUCCAUUACAAAAACUUUGCAUUCGACUACUGUAAGAAUCCUGUACAAUUUCAUAGUGUGUGGGCCUGUGUCUUACACCACGCUGGCUUGUCAUGGUGGAUGUUUCUUUAGGACUGAAAAUGAUUAGAGAAAGAGGCGUCCAGAACAUUCAGCAGCAUUUAGAUUAGCGAGAAGGGAUCAACGUCCUUUUGAACUACUAUUGGCUCAGGUCCACUGUAGCAGGCAAUUGCCGUCCAAUCAGAGAGGGCAGAGAGUGUCCUUUGUGGUGAGCUUUGCUCAGCUGCAGUGAGAACCAAAGUCUCAGUAAAACCAGUAAAGUACACAGUUCUCACUGACUAAUAACUGUGGUUCCCAGAAACACAUGAAACUGUUACAGUAGGACAGUAAAGUGUUUUAUAAUAUAUAUUACAUAUAAUAAUAAUAAUAUAAAAUAUAUAUGUAAUAUAUUAUAUAAAAAUAUCUUUUGCUGCAAAGACAUCAUAAAGGAAACCGCUGACCAAAGUGAAAAUGAAAGAGAAGGGUGCAACACAAACAGAAAGCUCUCUCUUGCUGUAACCCAGGACUUCCGUGACGUCACUUUUCUGUAGCUCAAAACGUAUCAAAUGUGUACGACCAGCCACCAUUUUUGUCGUGCAAGUCCUGUCAUGACUUGACAUGCAAAGUGCAUCAUCCUCAAAGGAAGUGAAGAAAUGUUCUCCAUAAGAGUUCCCUGCAGCCACAGACCCAGUUCCUCACUACAGUAACCAAAUUGCCAGUGCCGGUGAUUGUACUAAAAUAUAAAAUAUAUUGGCUCACUGUAUCCUAAAAAAACAUCCUUGUGACCAUUUGAAUUUGAAAUUUCAAGAGAAAAUUUUUUCUGAAGAUCAAAAUUUUGCAACACUGACAACAGUUAAUGUACAGUAGAGUAAAAAUGCCUUUUUGUGUGUCGGGGUAACUUUUGUGAACAAUGUAACGAUGUUAAAAACAAAACGGUUACCUACUGUAGAUAUGCUCAUAGUGUUAAUGUAGUUUAUUUCUAAAUAUUCCUUGUAUGGUUUGUGUGUAUGUGUGUG